AUGCAAAAGUCUUGUGAAGAAAAUGAAGGAAAAGCACAGAACAUGCCAAAGGCUGAGGAAGACUGCCCUAUGGAAGCUGUACCACAGGAGGCAGAAAGAAAUCCUCAACCUUCUGAAGAAGGUGUAAGCCCGGAAGUAGAAGGAAACCUUAGAGGAGGGCUGACUCAGCCUGGUCAGGGAUAUAAAGAGGACACUCCGGUUAGACAUUUGGACCCAGAAGAAAUGAUAAGAGGAGUAGAUGAGUUGGAAAGGCUUAGGGAAGAGAUAAGAAGAGUAAGAAACAAGUUUGUGAUGAUGCAUUGGAAACAAAGACAUUCACGCAGCCAUCCUCAUCCUGUGUGCUUUAGGCCUUGAAUUCUUUUUUUUUUUUUUGUCUGAUAUUAAAAUCUGGCCCCUGCUUUCUUUCUGUUAGCAUUUUCUGAUGUAUCUUUGACUUUUGUUUUAUUUUUAAUCAUCUGGUGGAGUUUUGUUUUAGGUAGUGUCCUUAUUACCAGCA